AUGGAAUCCUUGUUCUCGUUCUCCAUUUUGCGAACUAAGACUGGUGUCGCGCGCACGGAGGUGUGUGGCAACGGCAGGCUACUAUUGUGUUUAUGGGUGGCAUGUUUACGUUCGUGUUCACUCCAACAGCGUAAAAAUGAUGUCCGCAAGGUCCCUAUUGCCCGUCCGGACCUGCAGCUUAAGUAUGCAGCCCUUCUGCGGACUGAGCUGAGCAGAGCCGCUAGGGUCGCCCUGGGCGACGGUGGCUUUGGCCAUGAAGUCCUGCUUGGAGAAGAGCUUUCCGGCGACGUUGAGCACUGCGAUGCGCUCUACAGGUCCGGGGCACUGCGUGACGGAGCAGUUGCCGAAGAACCUGCGCAAACCCUGGACGGCUUCCUUGAUGUCCUUGAACUGGAGGCCGAAGGUGGCGCAUGA